UUUUCCCAAAUAGGGAUUGUGAUUUAUCCGCAAUUCUUCUGGAACCGAAAGGCGCUUAAUACACAGAUGCCCCAAGGGGUACUGCUCCUCGUCAAAUCUCAAAUCGAAGGGAUUUCCCCAAUCUUUCCCGGAAAACCGAAACUUUCCGUGAAUGGCGUCGUCGUCGUCUAGUUCGCCGCCGAUGGGGGAGGCGGAGGCGGAUGUCAGACACUGGGCGGAGCUCCCGCUGGACGUGACGGCGGCGAUACUGCAGAGAGUCGGUUCAAUUGACCUCCUCCAGAACGCGCAGAAAGUAUGCACAACUUGGCGUUCCAUCAGCAAGGACCCGGCAAUGUGGAGGAAGAUCGACAUGCACAAUGAUACGUUUGAAAUGGAGUACGAUCUCGAGAAGAUGACUCGCCACGCCGUCGAUCGCAGCUGCGGCCAGUUGGUCGAUAUCAAUAUAGAACAUUUCGGCACUGAUGAGCUCCUUAUGUACAUCGCCGACCGAGCAAGUGAGCUGAGAUGCCUUCGACUCGUGUGUUGCUCUGACAUUUCAGAUGAAGGUUUGUCUGAAGCUGCUAAAAAGAUGCCGUUGUUGGAGGAACUUCGCAUUUACUAUUGUUCACUUUCAAAAGAAGCCCUUGAAAGUGUUGGGCGCUGUUGCCCUCGGCUUAAAUUACUUAAAUUUAACAAUCAAGUAUACAGGGGCCCGCACAUGAACUGUGAUGAAGAGGCACAGGCUAUUGCAGAAAGCAUGCCUGGGUUACGUGAGCUUCAGCUCUUUGGAAAUAAGAUGACAAAUGAUGGUUUGCAGGCCAUUCUGGACGGUUGUCCUCAUCUUGAAUCUCUUGACAUUCGACAAUGCUUCAACAUUAAUCUAGGAGGGACACUGGGGAAAAAAUGUUAUGAACAUAUCAGAAAAUUGCGGGAACCAUAUGAUUCUACUGAUGAUUAUGCUUUUGAUGCAACUGUUUUGGAUAUGCGUGAUGAUGAUUCAUAUGAUGAUGAUUACCCAUCUGGGCUUUCGAACAUCGACUUCCUGUCUGACGAUGAUGAAUAUUAUGCGUUCUCUGGUGGCAGUGACUUCUCUGACUAUGGAGAGUUGUUUUUUGAUGACUAGUGCUCUGUUUGCCCAUAAGUUUUUACAGGUGAGAAAGUCCAGGUGGGGAUGCAUUAAUUACUCUUUGCGAGGGCAAGUUGCAGCAAUGGCUGCUUUUUGGGGUGAGGCAACUGAAAUGGUGCAGGUGUUGGUGCUUAUAUUGUAAAAGUUGCAAUCGAGGGGCUAUAUUAUUAUGAAGCCGGUUGGUGGAUCUUCACAUCUAGGCCUGACUGUAUAUCUAAGUUACCCUUGAACCUGUUGUUUAUUAUGUUUAUUUUCUUUGCUUUUGCUCGCAACGCUGGGUGUAUUAGAUAUACAUUGGUCAGCUUUUCAUGUUUUGGAUCUGCCCGGUUUCCUAGGGAAACCUACCUAAGCUUUGAAUUUGAUGUUAGAAAAUAAAUGAUCAUCAUCUGGUUGAGUAGGUCGAUUAGAGAGGCAAAGCUCAAGAGUGUUGUAGAAUUGUCAGCUGUGGUUUAUUUACUAUAUAUAUUAGAGUUGGGCUUAGGAGGAGGAA